AUGCGAGAACGCGGUCAGGACAGCCUGGCCGGACUCGUGCUGUAUGUAGGACUCUUCGGGCACCCCGGGAUGCUGCACAGGGCCAAGUACAGCCGCUUUCGGAAUGAGUCCAUCACGUCCUUGGACGAAGGCAGCCCGGGAGGCUCGACCGGGAGCAAGGGCUCUCCGCAGCCUCCUUACCCCGCCCUGGCACCUCACCUGCCCGCUGAAGACGCUGCCUUGGCCUCCCAGGAGAGCCCCACCCCAUUGUGCACCUUGAUCCCUCGCAUGGCCAGCGUAAAGCUGGCCAACCCAGCCACCUUGCUGAGUCUGAAAAACUUUUGUUUGGGUACCAAAGAGGUACCACGACUCAAGCUCCAGGAAAGCCAGGACCCGGCUCCCAGCAGCCCGGCUUCCCCUGAAACCAGUUUCAAUAGGGCCGUGCCAGCACCUCCGCCUCAGCGGGACCCCCUGGGGCACAGGGCGUCCUCUUUAACUCCUGACGCCUGCCCACUUCCCGGCCCUGGGGAACCAGCCCCCCGGAACAGACAGGACAGACUCUCUGUGCAGCACCUGCUGGGGCUGGGCAUGAACUACUAUGUGAGGUACAUGGGCUGUAUUGAAGUGCUGCAAUCAAUGAGAUCACUGGAUUUUGGAAUGAGAACCCAAGUUACGAGGGAAGCAAUAAGUCGCCUGUGUGAAGCUGUCCCUGGGGCAAAUGGAGCCAUUAAAAAGCGAAAGCCUCCAGCUAAGUUCCUAUCAACAGUUCUUGGCAAAAGUAAUCUUCAGUUUUCGGGAAUGAAUAUAAAACUGACCAUCUCAACAUGCAGUCUCACACUGAUGAAUCUCGACAACCAACAGAUUAUUGCAAAUCAUCAUAUGCAGUCUAUUUCUUUUGCUUCUGGAGGGGAUCCAGAUACUACAGACUAUGUUGCCUACGUAGCUAAAGAUCCAGUUAAUCAACGAGCCUGCCACAUACUGGAAUGCCGCAAUGGAAUGGCCCAAGACGUCAUAAGUACCAUAGGACAGGCUUUUGAACUCCGGUUUAAACAGUAUUUGAAAAAUCCUUCUUUGAAUACUUCUUGUGAAAGCGAGGAGGUGCCUGUGGAUGGCCAUGCUGAGGAGAGAGAAGAUCAUGAGUAUUAUAAUGAAAUCCCAGGGAAGCAGCCGCCUGCAGGUGGUGUUUCAGAUGUGCGGAUCAAAGUUCAAGCCACAGACCAAAUGGCUUACUGCCCCAUACGGUGUGAAAAGCUGUGCUAUUUGCCUGGAAACUCCAAGUGCAGCAGCAUGUAUGAGAACUGUCUGGAACAAAGCAGGGCCAUAGGUAAUGCACACAAGAGAGGGGUGCUGUCCCAGCGAGAGGCGUCACUGAUGAAGCACUCUUGUCGAGGGGAUCUUUUCGAUGACCCCUGCUACAUCAAUACGCAGGCUCUUCGAAGCACACUUGGCCCUGCUGGAAAUCAAAGCUCACCUCACCCACUGGAGAGCCCGUGCCACCAGGAGACGGCACCAGAAACUGUUCAGCCAGGUGCCACGGCGCAGCCUGCCAGCUCACAUUCUUUGCCACACAUUAAGCAGCAGCUGCGGAAUGAAGACUGCUACCAUGGCAAGCUGAGCAGGAAAGCGGCAGAGAGCCUUUUGGUGAAGGAUGGGGACUUUUUAGUUCGAGAGAGUGCAACAUCUCCUGGCCAGUAUGUGCUGAGUGGGCUACAGGGAGGCCAGGCAAAACAUCUUCUCCUGGUGGAUCCUGAAGGCAAGGUGCGGACCAAGGAUCAUGUAUUUGAUAAUGUUGGCCACCUUAUCCGAUAUCACAUGGAUAAUAGUUUGCCAAUCAUCUCUUCUGGAAGUGAAGUAAGCCUUAAACAACCAGUGAGAAAAGAUAAUAAUCCAGGACUUUUGCAUUCCAACAAAUGA